AUGGAUGUGUGCGAUUUUGACAAGAUUUGGGGGGGGGCAUACUACGCCAUUUUGUUGAUACUCGGCAGCCUGAAGCUGGAAAUUACUGCUUUUCGCGAAACUCCUUGCGUAUACGAUUUUCUCCUUUUAAACUCAAUCCAGCCACUGGUAUUUCUAAAACAAGCGACGCUACUUCGACUGCAAUUGCCGAUAUCACCCGCUCAGUAUGUCGCCGGCCAGACCGUAGCGCGUGGUCUCGCACGAAUUGAAAAGGAUGAGCUUGAUACACUGACACACUUACGAGUAGUGAUGCGUCUUGAAUAUAUUGUAUUUGUAGAUAUUGCAAAAGAUACUGAGUUGUGCAUGCAAUUAUUAAGCGUCAAGAAGGGUGGGUUGCAAGAGAAAGUAAAUAUAGAUGGAAGAUAA